AGGAAGCUGAAGACGAGUCCGUUGAGUACGACCUUCCUGCGUGAAUUGAGCCGGCACGAUGAAGGUGUCGGCCGUGGUGCUCGUCACCCUCGCGCUCUUCUCGGUGUUGGCUACUUGUCAAACCACUACUCGUCAAACCACUGCAACCAUCGAUCUUUACAACCAGGACGACCCCGAUCGACUGGACAACGUCACCUUUGGCAUCGACCAGCUCCCCGUCACCAGCCAACCCCAGGUCCCGACCUCCAGCCGCGACCUUGGCGUGACCGUUCAGCCCUUGGGGACCGACGGGUUUAUCCUGUCCGACCCCUACCACCAGGGUGCCACCUUCUUCGAUGGCACCGCUUCCUACCCCAUGGAUGUACCCGCUGCCAUCUCUGGCGUUCGUUGCCUGCUGCGGGAUGGAUCGGCCUUUGUGUUCAGCAACGACACGCUGAGCUACGUGAGUGCCGAUGGCCAAAACCUGUCGAGCGUGUGGUUUCCUCUGCUGACGCCAUAUCGAAGUGAUGGCAUGGACCUUGCGUGCGAUCCCAGCCAAGCAGAUCCGACCGUCUUGAUUGCCACGCAGUCCCGACUGGCAUCCCGCGGGGCGGCGGCGCUUCAGAGCCAGAUGUUCCGGUGCACGCACAGCGUGCAAAGCCGGGCCAUGGGGUGCCAGAUGACUAUGCAUGCGCGUUCAUCCCGCUUCUUCUAUACGCCCGACAAGGUCAUCAGGGCGGCGGACUUCAUUCCCGACGAGCUCAAUAGUUUGCAUGAUCACGCCAAGGUGGUCUUCCCCAACCAACCACGACAGGACACGGAGCUCGAUACUGCCGGUCCGGUCUCAAUAUGCAAUCGUAUUCAACGCAAGGCGGCCGUGUUCCCGCUCAGCAUUGACUUUUCCGUGGUGGUGACAAACUCGCAGCUGGUGUUCCUCAACCUGGCCCCGCACGACUCGUGCCGACCAAUGGGGUCACCAGUCAUGCUGCCCAUGACGAUCGAGUCGACGCGGCAAGCGGCAGUGUACUCUUUGACGCAAAACGGCGCGAUGGGGCUGCUGGUGCUAGAGCCGGAUGCGAGCUGGAAGAGCACCGACCCAUCCGUGCGGGAGGUGUUUGUGUAUGCGGUGGGCUUUGACAUGGCACGGGACACGGUGACGGUCAACUCGAAGGAGCCGGUUCACCUGACUGGCGUCGGACUGAAUACACACACUUUUGUGGUGGUACAGGACCAACUACUGGUGCUGUCAAGUAAAUCGGACACCUCAUUGAAGGUUGUUCAGGUUCUCGGAGUCUCCCGCUUAGUCUCGAGCCCCUUGACCACCGUCUCUCCAUCGCAGUCGUCAGGCUCGCAUCACCCGGCCCGAUCACCUGGCGCUAUUGUGGGAUAUGUUCUCUUUGCCGUAUUCGUGGGUGUUGCCUUCACCUAUCAACUUAAGAGGCGAGCCCGCAAUCAAUUUUCGCGCGUUUACACCGAGCUUUCUGAUUGUCAACUCAAUGCGCCUCCCUACACGGAAAAUACUCUGGACGAAAAGAAGAUGCAGGACGAAGCGCUUGAUGAGCAUAAUGGAAAUGAAUAACCUCAUAACUUGUCAGGCUCUUGUACAAGGCUUUGAUAGGAAGUCUGUUUUAGUCCAAGUGCUGCUGCAGGUCAGCCGUAUAUUCAUCUCCCCCUUUUGAUUGAUUGUGGGCUUGCCAUUUUUUGUUUGUUUUUGCCGUGGGCAAGCGUGUGCAUCCGUGCGUGUGUCUGUGUGCUUGAGUGUGCGUGUGUAUGUGUGUGGGUGUAACAGACAUCUCGGAGUGUUCGAAGUGUGGGUAAACUGGGUUAGAAUCGGCAUCGAGGGCGCCUCGUUGUGUGCCGUCCUUGCAAUUCAAGGCGUCUUUGC